GAGGGAACGGUCGCUGUGGGGAAUCGAGCGUGUGGAUCCUAUCUGGUGUGUCGGUGGUGGUCGCAUGAGAAAGGGCAAGCUUUCGUAUCUGCUAGGUGGAGAAGCGAGAAUGGAGAGAAAGAAACACAGCAUCACGGAUGAACAGGUCUCCCAUGUGGCAUCUAUGGCAUCGAUGCCAUAUUCUGGGCCAUCUAUGACAUAUUCCGGGCCAUCUAUGGCAUCUCCUGUGGUUCCUUUUGAGGCAUCUUAUUUCGCGUCUGAGAUGGCGAAACCGGAGAUCAUCAAGUCGACGAUGGCCCGCUCGAUGGAGAGCCACGUCCUCGUGGCCGCGCAGCGGAGCCUCGACCGGCGCGAGGACGCCAACGAGGCGGCCGCGCGGAUCGCCGGCGCCAUGCGGGAGGGCUACGGCGGCUGGUGGCACUGCAUCAUCGGCGACAGCUGCUACAGCUACAGCAUCUACGACGUGGAGGGGUGCUUCAUCUCCCUCAAGAUGGACGGGAAGUGGAUCCUGCUCUUCAAGAGUCGGUCGUGA